UGCAGAACGUAACAGGUCCAAUUGCCCUGUCGUCGAUUAUUACAUUGUACAAUACAUCCGUCGGGCAAAUUUCUUAAUACAAAUAACAGCGGGGGCACAUAUCGAUAACUUUACGCACAGCUGUAACGUGUAGGGGCGACUCAUAAGAACAACAACAAAAAAACCAAAACAGAAAAAAGAAAAACAACAUAGCAAGCUGAUUAGGCAGGGGGAAAACAAAACGGUCAACUGUAAAACGAUAAUGUGGAGUGAUGUGCCUGAACCACAGUCGAGCUACAAAUAUUCAAGAAGUUCGCGUUAUCAACGCCACGAAAGCGGUGAGCGCAUACCAUUGAACGCAACAGCGCUGCACUGGCAGCGGCAACAAUUUGGCUGUGAUGUGGAUGAGCAGUUGCGACGCCGUUUGUUGGCUUCGCCAGCCUACGUAGAUCGACUGGAGCGCGAGGCAGUGUUAACCGGUCAUGAGGGCUGUGUCAAUUGCUUAGAGUGGACAGACGAUGGCCUGUUGCUUGCCUCCGGCUCAGACGAUAGCUGUGUAAUGAUUUGGGAUCCGUUUCGGAAACGACGUGUGCACGCGCUGCACACCAAGCAUCUAGGCAAUAUAUUCUCUGUUAAAUUUCUACCGCGUCACAACAACAGCAUUGUGGCAACCUGUGGCGCCGACAAAUAUAUCUAUGUGUAUGAUGUAAAUCAUGAUAAUGAAACGCUCUUCAGCUGCAGCUGUCAUACAUUGCGCGUCAAGCGCUUGGCAACGGCGCCCGACUCGCCCUACAUAUUCUGGUCUGCUGGCGAGGAUGGCUCCAUAUUGCAGCUCGAUAUGCGAGAGCCACAUAAUUGUCGCGAGGAGCAACAAAGCCAGGCGUGCGGUGUGCGUCUAAUAAGCCUAUCCACGCAGGUGGAGUUCACUACAGAAGCCAAGUGCCUUGCAAUAAAUCCCAGGCGCACUGAAUACCUAGCUGUGGGUGCUAAUGAUCCCUAUGCGCGUGUUUUCGAUCGUCGCAUGCUGCCCCAUGCUGCUAGCACCUGUGUUACCUACUAUGCACCUGGUCAGGUUGUAAAGAAUCUUAGCCGUAGAAUAUCGCACGAGUCGCGAACUGUUACUUACUUGACUUUCAACAGCUACAAUGCCACGGAGUUGCUGGUAAAUAUGGGCAGCGAGCAUGUGUAUCGCUACGAUCUACACCAUGCAAAUCCGCCAGUGUUCUAUCAACUGCCAGCGUUUACGGCGACGCAAGCAGAGUCACUCAACGAGGUGGAGCAGCAGCCGUCCCCUGUGGAGGGCAAACCCUUAAAAAGCUCGCAUAAGCGACGUGCAUUGCCUGCUAACAUUGAGCAGCACAAGAAGCUGGGCAAUGAGUUUUUGGAACAGGGUAAACUAUUAGCGGCAAUUGAUGAGUACUCUAUGGCUUUAGCUGCUUAUCCGCAAGGGGAAGUGCUUUAUUUGAAUCGUGCAACUGCGUUAAUGCGACGUGACUGGUUUGGUGAUAUAUACGCAGCGCUGCGGGAUUGCCACGAAGCACUGCGUCUGGAUCCGGGCUACGUUAAAGCACACUUUCGCUUGGCGCGUGCAUUGAAUGAACUGAAGCGACCGCAGGAGGCGGACAAGUGCCUAAAGGAGCUGAUAGAACGUUUUCCCAGCUUUGCUAAAAAUCAUGGCGUGCUCAUGCUGAACAAGGACAUACGCGAAAUGCUAAUGCAAUCAACGAAAAACAAUGAGGAAACUUCGCUUCAGGAGAGAAGUUGCUUAUAUUUAACGAACACCGAAUAUGCCUUACGUGGUAGUGCAAAGGAUUAUAAGCAACGAUAUGUCGGGCAUUGUAACACCACCACGGAUAUUAAGGAGGCCAACUAUUUGGGCGUUAAUGGUGAAUUCAUUGCUGCCGGCUCAGAUGAUGGCAAUUUCUAUAUUUGGGAGGGAGAUACGGCAAAAAUACGCGCCAUUUAUCGUGGCGAUAGAGCCAUAGUCAACUGCAUUCAACCCCAUCCAAGCAUUUGUAUGCUUGCCACCAGCGGCAUUGAUCAUGAUAUCAAAAUUUGGUCACCCUGCGCGCCUAGCCCAGAGGAGCGUCCUCAUCUCAUUAAGGACAUCACACACUCUGUGGAAACCAAUCAGAAUCAAAUGCGAACCGAUCCGUUUGAUCUGAAUCCACGCAAUGCGAAUUGUUUUAAUAAUUAAGCAAUAUUUAAUUAAGCCUAAUGUAAACUACGCUUUCUUUCAAUUGGAUUUAAUUCGAAUGCAGCUAUGGGAAUCUGCUGCCCUUAACAGCAAUUAGCUUAUCGAUUAUACAUAAUUCACAUAUAUAUUUAUAAAAUAUAGUCUAAUUUGGCGUAAGGCGCUGCAAAUUUUGUUGAAUUGUGCAAA